UUUUGUUCAUGCUGGUCACUGCAUCCCAUCUUGGCUGAGCAGGGAGCCGCCUGGGGAGAGCAGGCCUUGAGAUGGUCCCUCAGCAUGUGGGCUGCGAUGCUGCAAGGAUGUCACAGCCUGUGAAACAGCAAAAUAAAAUAGGGGCAAAGGAAAGAAAAAAAAAAAGCCAUACAACAACACGCCGACAGAAAGCAAAGACAAUGUGUUCGUUCCUCACUCUUCCCUCAGAGCUAUCUCGCCCUGUGCAGAGGCUGCAGAAGUGUGAACACAUCCUGUUUACAUCUGCCGCCCGGCUGGCGCGACGGAGGGGAGCGUGCGGCGGAGGAGCCAGCUGAGGUGCAGGGAGAGCCGGCCCUGCCAUGGAGGCACUGCCCAUCUACCACGGGAGCAUCAGCCGUGAGGCCGGGGAGAAGCUGCUUCUGGCGGCGGGCACUGACGGCAGCUACCUGCUGCGGGACAGUGAGAGCAUCCCGGGGGUCUACUGCCUCUGCGUGCUGCAUCAGGGUUACGUUUAUACCUACAGAGUGUCCAAGACAGAAACUGGGUCCUGGAGUGCUGAGACGGCGCCUGGGGUCCACCGGCGGCUCUUUCGGAAAGUGCACAACCUCAUUUCAGCCUUCCAGAAGCCUGACCAAGGCAUCAUCACACCCCUGCAGCACCCAGUCGUCAACCACGCAAAAGUUGCGUGUCCCCCAGGGAGAAAUGACAGCCGUGACUUCUACCUGCAGCCAGCACGAAGCCAUUUCCCAGAGUGACAUGACUGUACCUUCCAGUACUGCCUCUAGUCUACGCUCUAGAACAGAACAAGCUAUACGAUAGUAAAUACAACUCCGUGAGUUUUCCUGUAACAUUUGCAGAAAUGUGUUUCAUAGUUUUUCUAUCUCAAGGUUUAGAAGUUUUUAGUUUCAGAAUGUUUUGAUUUUUUUUUUUUAUGAGCGAGAAGACAAAAAAAUCAACUACUAAAUGGUGUCAUAUCUUUUUUUUUUUUUCUCUUUGUAAUCCUAAGUGCAAAAUAUUUUCUCACCUCAAGACUAUUUCCUAUGUUUUACAUGACUUGACUUUGGACUCUUCUGUGCUUUGUUCUGGUUGAAAUUUAUGCAAAACUGGGCAACGCCCCUUCUGUAGUCUUAGAAAAAUGGCUUAUAUUGAGGUGUCCUUGCCUUGAACACAGACUUGCUGUCUGUGUGACUAUCAUUCAUACAGGGCCAAAAAUAUUCUGGAUGUGGCCCCAGGAGGAUCCCCACUUCUCCCAUCAUACCGGGCAUUCUGUAACUCACCAGAACCAGCCAGCACUGCCUCCAUAUACAAAAUUUAUAGUUUGUGCAGACACUUGAAAGCUUUAGCAAUGUGCUGAGUAGAUGAGAACAAGUAGUGAAGGACAUAAUUCUUUGGUUUUUAGAUAUUCUCUGUACUUGAAAAAAAAACACCCACUGCAUAUAAUUUUUAAAAAAUAAAUUAUUUUUGCAUGAUAUUUUCUUUUCUUUCCAUAUUGUGUGUGUUUGUAUGCUGCUGCUGCUGAACUCCUGUGGGAAAGGUUUACAUCCAUAGCACUUGUCAGCUUGCAGAAUUGGAGCACUUGCCUUUUAAACUCAGUGUCCUGCCUGAACUGUCAGACAGUAGGCAACAUUUGUGAACAGACUUGAUGUGCUACAACCCUCUUGGUUUGUGUCAUUGUUAGUCAUGCUUUAACUAGCUCAAAUGGUCCUAACUAUCAAAAAGUGUGAUUCUCCUGCACUUCUUUCCAAAGCACAAGACUACAGUGAAUGCAAAUGGAUGACAAAAAUAUAUACUAAAAAAAAAAAAAAAAAGAACCACAACCAAACAACAUCUGUAAACAUUGUAUAACCACUCAUAGGGUGCUUUGGAUAAAUGUUUCAUGCGUAUACUUCCAAGUUCUUCUGUGCAGCUUAGAAGACUGGAACCUUGUGCUAAUAGGUAAAAACCUUUAAAAAGAGCUAAACGGGCUACCGGCAUGGGCAUUCAGCAAGGUUUGGCUGCUCCAUGCAGCAUUUAUGUUUGGAUUUGAGAAGGUUGGAAGUUUUUUUUGUUUGUUUGUUUUUUCUUUUUAUUUUCCCCUUCCUAUAAGUGGCUGCGUAUGAGAGAGAGAGAGAAGUGCAAGCAAUAGAACAUUCAUUUGAAGGACAAAAUGCUCCUUGUAAACCCUCAAUGGGAAUAAAUGCAAUAAAUAAACAGUCCUGUGAUAACAGGAAGCAGUGGACAAUGCUGUUGCAAAUUUGUGAUGCUUGUAGUUCAUUACUCAAUGUCUGUCUAAAUUAAGGCCACAUUUCGUUUGUAGUGAAAUGUCCUGCCUCCCCUCCCCUUCAAAUCAUAUUUUACAGUGUGUGUAUAUGUUUUGCACUGUGCCUCCUUCUUACAUAUGCUGGCUGGUUGAAGCAAGGGCUUUGUCUUAAUACAGGGGCAGAUCCAGAAUUCCAGAAUGAUUUACUCUUUAAUAAAAUAUUUAAAAGCUUUUUUUUUUUUUUUUUUUUAAUUUGUUACAUAAUUCAGCAGAUGUCAGCCAUGGAGAUUCUGAACUGAACAUUACUAGCACUGAGCGCAACAUCCAGCACCAGCUGGUUUUCUGUCGGGUGUGCUGAUUGAAUGUUUUACUCCUUUUCUGUGCCUUGAAGGUUUCCGGGCUUGCUGUACACCUGCGGCGGAUGGUCUGUGGCUGCUCCUGGUUCUGUGCUCCUGCAAACCUGGUGCAAACUGACCUGCUGGUGUGUAAGCAGAGUGCGUGCCCCUUGGGCUUCCUGGCAGAGCCCCUUUGCUUUCCAAGUGCUGUGUCUGGACACAACCUAGUUUAGGCUGGCCUCUCUUGGGACAGAGGAGCCAAGAAAAGUGUGCUUGGAAGUGGCAGAUGAUUGUGCCAUGGUGAUAAAUGCGGUGGGGAGCACCAUGCCCAAGGGCUGUUUCCUGUAGAAAUGUCACAAGCCAAGACUGUCAGUGCUGUGUGGUGCAAAUCCUGCAGUGCAACAGCAGCUCUGUGGUGCAGUGAGCUAAGGCUAACUGGCUUGACUAUGGGUGAAUCCAGAAGUGCAUUGUUAUUUUUAAAAAACUACAUAAAAUAGGCCAGAAGAUGCCAUUUUUU